AGUCUUCUUCUCGAGUUGUUGCUGGAAUUCUAUAUACCAAGAAAGAAAAAGAAAGAGUUAGUUUUCCUCUCUGCUCAACAUGGUUUUAUCAAUGGUGAAACAAGAAAGGGAAUGCAAAAUCUUUAGCUGUAGCGAAACCACUCUUUCUGUUGAGAUGCCAGAGGAUAUAGUAGAAGAGAUUCUUCACCGCAUUCCAGCGAGGUUUCUGUUACGAUGGAAAGCAGUUUCGAAAGGGUGGAAAUCAUUGAUCGAAUCUGGCCAUCUAGCAGAGAAACACCUCCGUCGCCGUCAAAAACUGUACGGAGCCGAAGAGUUUAAAAUCACUUUCGAAAGCUCCGACGACUCCGACUCGAGAGGCUUCGUUGCCAAGACUUUCACAAAAUAUGAGGGAUUACCAGACAACAUAAAAUCACAAGUUCUUCCUCGAGUUCCUGGGUCUUGUGAUGGUUUGGUCUGCGUCUACGAUUUAAUGAACGUUUAUCUUACCAAUCCUAUGACACAUGUGAAACGGAAACUUGCUCUUUCUCAACGUACCAAACUUUCAGUUGGAUUCGGGAGAGAUGUUGUGACAGGAGAAUACAAAGUGGUUGUUGCUUAUAGCUUCGAUGAUGACAGAGUGGAGAUUAUGGUUUUCGAUCUUAGCACCAGCAAGUGGAGGCCGAGAUACAAAACCGCUGGUCCAGUGCCUCUUUCUUUCAAUCUAAUUAACCCUAAAAGAAACCCAGUCUUUGUAAACGGCUCACUCUUCUGGUUGUGUGCACGUGGCCAUUCGGACAUACUUGUCAUGAGUCUUCACACUGAGAAGUUCCGUACGCUGUCGCAACCUAAGGACAUUGAUGUGUCGUCCAAUGUCAUUUACAUGUGGAGUCGCGAGGACCGUCUCUGUGUCUCUGAUUUAAGACAACUAAGGGAUUCGGACGUUUGGGUUCUUGUGCAAGACGAAGUUACAAAGAGGUGGGAGAGAACUAGAUUUGCUUCCGCCGAUUCUGCCAUCUCUACUGUCAUUCCUCCACAUAAGUUGAAUUCCGCUUGGUUUUCACCGACCUUGGUUUCUCCUUACCAGUUCUCGUCCAGAACAACUCUUAUGCGUUAGCUCUUUGUGACAUUAUAAUGUUCACAAGAAACUGACUGUAUAUCAGUUUGA